ACACAGCCUCCAUAAUGGACUCUUCAUCCGUCAAGCAAUCCGUCAUGAAGCAGGUCCUCGCGGAAGCGAACCUCGCCAACGCCCGCGUCCUCAUCGAAAAACUCCAGGAAAACUGCUUCGAGAAAUGCGUCCCCAAGCCCGGCACCUCCCUCUCCAGCAGCGAACAGACGUGCAUGACGUCGUGCAUGGAAAAGUACAUGGCCGCCUGGAACCAGGUCAACGCGGCGUACAUCAACCGGAUACGACAGGAGCAGGCCAACAACUAAAGAAUUCGCAUACGAAGAUAUGGAAAAUGGAAAUUCCUGAACAGAAUAAUGAGAUCUUGGGCGAAUGAAGCAAUGUUCGUGGCAAGAGAUAAAGGGAAACGCAAUCCCGAUCUGAAGGGCGAGCCGAAACGACCAACGAAUGAAGGGAUGCCGUGUAUGAUAUUGUUCGGGCUGCCGAGCAUUGGGGGGGAAGAAAGGAAACGGACUGGGCGACUGUUACUGUUCCUUUGGACGAAAUCAUGUAUUACUACCUUGUUCUUUGGUUAGAGUGGUCUUGGUGUUUGGGAUGGGCUAUAGACAUAUACACUGAAUCAUCCACUCCGUCAUU